AUGAGCUGGGACACUGGUGCAACUGCAGGCGGCGACUCUUGGGGAGGUGGUGGCGACGCUGGUGGAGGCGGAGGUGAUGCUGGCGACGACGGUUGCCGCAUCUGCAAGCAGACUGGCCACUUCGCCCGCGACUGCCCUGACAAACCUGAAGGCGGCGGCGGUCUCACUGGCGAGUGCUACAACUGCGGUCAAGUCGGUCACAACAAGUCAGACUGUACUAACGAGCGUGUCGAGCGAGCCUUCGAUGGAACCUGCAAGCUCUGUGACCAGCAGGGUCACCGCGCUGUCGACUGCAAGUCCCGCCGCAUUGUCGACUGGUCUGGCAUCCCGGAGAUGGACGCUGAGGCUGCCUGGAUCGCUUUGAUCGAUGCUGCCAAAGAGAAGGACCUUGACGUCUUCCGCGUCUGCCUGAAGGCUUAUGCUCGCGCUACCAUGGAAGAGUUCAACCUUGCCGCCGUCGAGCAGGCUCUCCGUGAGGAUGAUCUUGCAAUCUUCCUUAUCGCCAAGCAGCAGGAGAUCGCCCCCAACAUGACCAUCAUCGACCUCAUCGGUAACGCAGACUGCAAGUUUGUUUUGUCCGUUCAGCUCUCUGCCAAACCUCGCCGCGCCAAAAUGGCACAAGGCUGGCCCGAGAACCCUGCUCAGAACCUGGAGCGCCUUACCUCCUGCGGCUACGUUCAGGACUGCGGUGUACCGCUGUGCGGCAAUUGCGGUGAGCUUGGUCAUAUUCGCAAGCACUGCAAGCAAGAGCAAGCUGAGCGCGAGAACACCGUACCAGAGGUUCAGUGUGUCUACUGCCAAGAGGUCGGUCACCGUGCUCGUGACUGCCCCAAGGAGCGUGUCAACCCCUACGCCUGCAAGAACUGCAAGCAGGAGGGUCACAACGCUAAGGAGUGUCCCGAACCACGUUCUGCUGAAGGCGUCGAGUGCCGCAAAUGCAACGAGACCGGUCACUUUUCCAAGGAUUGUCCCAACGCUGCCGCUAGUGCUUGCCGCAACUGCGACUCCACAGAGCAUAUGGCCAAGGAAUGCGAUCAGCCUAAGAAUCCAGACAAAGCUAUCUGCCGCAACUGCGAAAAGACCGGUCACUUCUCUCGCGACUGUCCCGAACCCAAGGACUGGUCCAAGGUCAAAUGCAACAACUGCAAUGAGAUGGGCCACACCAUCAAGCGCUGCAAGCAGCCGGUCGCUGAGGACGGCGGAGAUGCCGAUGGUGGCGAUACUACUGCUACUGCUGGAGGAGAGGCCUCUUGGGGUGGCGACACUGGCGGCGGCGGCUGGUAG